GCCUGGGGAAAUGAACACAUCUGGUAACGGUCACUCUACAGUCUCAGGGGGAAGAGGGAAGCGGAAGUGCGGAGAUUGCUUUUUACUUGGAGCUUGACUCAGGGAGGACAUAGUGGAUUCCGUUGGGGAGCUGUUCAUCUUCGUCAGGCUGUCCUGUGGAGAUCUCCCUCCAUUGUACGUGUAGGUUAACGGUGUCACCCCUGGGAUGAACACACCGAGCCUCUGUGGAUCUAAAUUAACCAGGGAAAUGAGCAGAAGAAGGAGGUAAAGUGGCGGUGGCUGGCUUCCUGCGGGAUUUUGCACAGGCUUUUUGUUUUUCCGUGGACAUGCCUUUUCUAUGGAGGAGAGCUGAGCGCAGCUAGCUGGCCGACAGUCCGGCUAGCUCAACAUUUCCAGGGUUUUUGGAUGAGUGCUCACUUCAAAGACUGAUUUGGUUUGGAUCAUCCCGGGUAAGGAGUCAACAUGGGGGAGCCCAGCCUGGACGACGCCAAUGUCAAAGUGGCUCUUCGUGUCCGACCCAUGAACAGGAGAGAAAAGGAACUGAACACAAAAUGUGUUGUGGAGAUGGUGAAGAACCAGACGAUUCUCCAUCCUGCAGGAACCAACCUUGGCAAAGCAGACACCAGGAAUCAGUCCAAGGUCUUUGCCUAUGAUUACUGUUUCUGGUCCAUGGACGAGGCAGAUAAAGAGCAUUUUGCAGGUCAGGAGGUGGUGUUCCAGUGCCUUGGGGAGAGUCUUCUCUACAAUGCCUUUCAGGGCUACAAUGCCUGUAUAUUUGCCUAUGGACAAACUGGUUCGGGAAAAUCAUACACAAUGAUGGGGUCAGGGGAUCAGCCUGGUCUGAUUCCUCGCCUGUGCAGUGCUUUGUUUGAACGAACCCAGAAGGAGCAGCGUGAGCAGGAAAGCUUUACUGUGGAGGUUUCCUACAUGGAGAUAUACAACGAGAAGGUCCGGGAUCUACUUGAUCCCAAAGGGGGUCGACAAACCCUCAGAGUGAGAGAGCAUAAAGUGUUGGGCCCCUAUGUGGAUGGGCUGUCUCGACUAGCCGUGGCCUGCUACAAGGAUAUUGAGUCUCUAAUGUCAGAGGGGAAUAAGUCUCGGACUGUUGCUGCUACCAACAUGAACGAGGAGAGCAGUCGAUCGCAUGCUGUCUUCAACAUCAUCCUCACACACACACUCAAAGACUUGAAGUCUGGGACGAGUGGAGAAAAGGUGAGUCGGCUAAGUCUGGUAGAUUUAGCUGGAAGUGAGCGAGCAGCAAAAACUGGAGCAGCAGGGGAACGCCUGAAGGAGGGAAGCAACAUAAACAAGUCCCUGACUACCCUGGGUCUGGUGAUCUCGGCACUGGCUGAACAGGGAACCACAAAGAACAAGAACAAGUUUGUCCCUUACAGAGACUCUGUUCUGACAUGGCUGCUCAAGGACUGUCUGGGGGGGAACAGUCGCACAGCGAUGGUUGCAACUGUGAGUCCAGCAGCAGACAACUAUGAGGAGACACUGUCGACACUGCGUUAUGCCGACAGAGCAAAGAGCAUAGUCAACCAUGCUGUCGUUAAUGAAGAUCCCAACGCUCGCAUCAUCAGGGAGCUCCGAGAAGAAGUAGAGAAACUACGAGUACAGCUGACCCAAGCAGAGUCUUUAAAGGCUCCAGAGCUGAAGGACCGUCUGGAAGAAUCGGAGAAGUUGAUUCAAGAGAUGACCGUUACAUGGGAGGAGAAGCUUCGCAAAACUGAAGAGGUUGCACAGGAGCGUCAGAAGCAGCUAGAGAGUCUGGGUAUUUCUCUUCAGUCCUCAGGGAUUAAAGUUGGAGAAGACAAAAGCUUUCUUGUCAACCUUAAUGCUGAUCCUGCUCUUAAUGAACUGCUGGUGUACUACCUGAAGGAACAUACAAAAGUGGGCUCAGCAGACUCGCAGGACAUCCAGCUGUGUGGGAUGGGUAUCCAGGCAGAACACUGCAUCAUAGACAUUACAGCAGAGGCCGUUAUCCUCACCCCCUACAGCAAUGCUCGGACAUGUGUAAAUGGUUCUCCAGUAACCAGCCCUCUGCAGCUUCACCAUGGUGACAGAAUCUUUUGGGGCAACAAUCACUUCUUCAGGAUAAACCUGCCAAAGCGACGGUCACGGGGAGCAGAGGAUGAGGAGGGUGAGGGGGGUGUGAUGAAGAAAAGUGGCAGUAGUGAACAGCUGGAUGCAGAUGGUGACACAGCUAGCGAAGUGUCCAGUGAAGUCAGCUUCUCUUAUGAGUUCGCCCAGACAGAGGUCAUGAUGAAAGCCCUCGGCAAUAAUGACCCCAUGCAGGCAGUCCUCCAGUCUCUUGAAAGACAGCAUGAAGAGGAGAAGCGCUCCGCUCUGGAGCGUCAGAGGCAGAUGUAUGAGCAGGAACUCCAGCAGCUCCGCAAGAAACUGAACCCGGACCGCCUGUCCUCAGGCUACUCUGGAACACUAGCACCUGGCCAACAAGGCCAAGGGCAGCAGUACCGCAGCCUGGAGAGACUCAGCAUGGGAGGGAUGAGCCAUUCAACCAGUGCUCAGAGUAGACUGAGGCAGUGGAGUGAGGACAGAGAGGCGGUGUUGGUGAGGAGUCUGAGAAGACUGAGGGAGCAGAUAAUGAGGGCAAACACCCUGGUGCAGGAAGCCUGUUUCAUUGCUGAGGGGCUGGAACGACACACAGAGUACAGAGUCACUCUCCAGAUCCCAUCAGACAACCUCAACGCAAACCGCAAGAGGGAUGCUGUGCUCAGUGAACCAGCCAUUCAGGUUCGGCGUCGUUGUCGAGGCAAACAGAUCUGGAGCUUGGAGAAGAUGGAGAACCGUCUGGUGGACAUGAGAGAGCUAUACCAAGAGUGGCAAGAUUACCUCCUCCAUGACAAUGACAACCCAGUGAUGCGUUCAUAUUUCCGUCGGGCUGACCCCUUCUUUGACGAACAGGAAAAUCACAGUUUGAUCGGCGUUGCCAACGUCUUCCUUUCCUGUCUUUUUUAUGACGUCAAGAUGCAGUAUGCAGUUCCCAUCAUCAACCAGAAGGGGGAGGUUGCAGGGCGUCUCCAUGUGGAGGUGGUGAGGGUUGGAGGCGGCUUGGAGGACAACAUGGCUGGAGGAGAUGAACCAGACAACAACCAAGACAGUGAGAUCGAGGAUCGUAAACUUGUAUGCAUGAUUAAGAUCCUGCAGGCCACUGGUCUUCCCCAGUACCUGUCCAACUUUGUCUUCUGUCAGUACUCUUUCUGGGAUCAGUCUGAGCCAAUCAUCGUUGCUCCUGAAGUUGACCCAUCAUCCUCAUCACCCAGCACCAAGGACCCAAACUGCAUGGUGGUGUUUGAUAGCUGCAAGGAACUAGCAGUGUCGGUGUCUGAGGACUUCAUAGAGUACCUCACAGAAGGAGCAGUAGCCAUCGAGGUUUAUGGACACAGGCAGGCAGAUGCUGGGAGGAACCCAGCGCUGUGGGACCUCAGCAUCAUCCAGGCCAAGACACGCACACUACGAGACAGAUGGAGUGAGGUAACACGUCGUCUGGAACUGUGGAUUCAAAUCCUGGAGAUAAAUGAGAACGGAGACUUUGUCCCAGUAGAAGUGGUUCCAGCUAGAGAUGUACAGACUGGAGGAAUAUUCCAGCUUCGGCAGGGUCAGUCAAGGCGGAUCCAGAUAGAUGUGCGUUCAGUUCAAGACUCAGGCACCAUGCCUCUGAUAUCAGAGAUAGUGCUUGCAGUGUCAGUAGGCUGUGUGGAAAUCAGAACUGUUACAGCAAACCAGGAAGCAGAUGAGAUGGACAGUUAUCAGGAAAGAGAUCUGGAACGUCUGCGCAGGCAGUGGCUUGCUGCUCUCACCAAGAGACAGGAAUACCUCGACCAGCACCUACAGAGCUUGGUCAGCAAAUCAGAAAAGACAGAGGAUGACAUGGAGAGAGAGGCUCAGCUGCUGGAGUGGCGCUUGACUCUGACAGAAGAAAGAAAUGCUGUCAUGGUGCCCUCUGCUGGCAGUGGCAUCCCCGGAGCACCUGCUGAAUGGGUUCCUCUGCCAGGCAUGGAGACUCAUAUUCCUGUCAUCUUCCUGAACCUUAAACCUGAUGACCUCAGCUCUCAAGACCAGUUUGAAGUUCCUGACGCUGGAGGAUGGGAUGCAACUCUGAAUGGAGAAGACGAGGAUGACUUCUUUGACCUGCAAAUUGUCAAACACUAUGAUGGAGAGGUGAAAGCAGAGGCAUCAUGGGACUCCACUGUCCACGAAUGUCCCCAGCUCAGUCGUGGAGGAGCGUGGCCUGAGCACCGGGUGUACUUGACAGUCAGAGUAGUUGUUCAGCUCAGCCAUCCUGCUGACAUGCAGCUCGUCCUGAGGAAGAGAAUCUGCGUCAAUAUAAACCCUGGCCGCCAGGGGUUUGCCCACAACUUUCUCAGAAGGAUGUCCACCCGCAGCACCAUACCAGGCUGUGGGGUCACAUUUGAGGUGGUCUCCAACAUCCCAGGGGAUGCCCCUGGAUCAGAGGACAGGGAGAUGUUGGCCCGACUCGCUGCCAGUGCACACAACAGCCAGUCAGGUGAUGACGAGGCUGCCAUUGAGAAAUACCUCCGAAGUGUCAUGAGUCUGGAGAACAUCCUGACUCUGGACAGACUGAGACAGGAGGUGGCAGUGAAGGAGCAGCUGGUGAGCAGAGGGCGGAGCAACAGAAGAAGCCUAAGCUCUCCCUCUGUCAACCGGAUGUCUGGAAGUAGACAAGACUUGUCCACAACCUGCCUGCUGGAUGAUAAAGGUCGAUGGGAGAGUCAGCAGGAUAUCUUCAUGCCUUCUCAGUUUCACCGCACCCUCCCUCGCCCCGCCUCCUCUCCUUCCACCUACUCCACUUCCCCUUCUUCCUCCGCCACAGCCAUCACUAUGACCCCUCCACAGAAUCAGGAACCAGAGCAAGGUCGUUUAGGACUUGCUGCCUCUUAUCUUUCAGUUAAGGCGCUGGUUCCUCAAAUGCCAAAACUGCUCAAGUCUCUGUUUCCAGUGAGAGAUGAUAAAAAGGAGCUGAGACCAUCGCCGCACAGUCAGCAGCAGCAUGUGCCUCGCAUUGUGACAUCAGGAGACGAAAACCGAGCCAAGACAGAGACGCCUCUGACCAAAGACAGGCGGGCAGAUUUCCCAGAAGUCCCUCCUCUUCCUGUGCAUGAUCCGCAUGACACCACCCCCCUCAGCCCCCUCAGCCAGUCGUCAAGUGGCUACUUCUCCACUAGUGUUUCGACAGUUACUCUGUCCGAUGUUCUCCAACCCUCCUCUUCGUCUUCCUCCCUCCUGGCUGCUGAGACUACGUUACCCUUAAACCCCCAGCAGCAGCCCGGUGCUGACAGGAACGAUGUUGUGACCUCUCCUUCUUCUCAGUGUGCUGCCAGGAUGGCCGCCGCCCUUCCACCCUCUUCGAACAGCUCGACUAAUCACAACAGCGUCACUGCAGAAAAAUCCUUCUCCAAACAGAGGCUGGUAAACUCAGAAGUAGGAGGAGAAGUGUAUGAACGGCUGGAGAUCGUUCUGGAUGAGGAAGAGCGUAACCAUGACGAUGUACUGCCUGAUUGGCUGAGAGACGGUGCAUAUGUUACAGUAGGCAGUAAUAAGGCUGGCACAGUGCGCUACAUGGGACUGACACAGUUUGCCGAAGGAGUGUGGGUGGGGGUGGAGCUGGACACUCCUGUAGGUAAGAAUGACGGUUCAGUCGGAGGCCAUCGAUAUUUCCACUGUAAACCUGGGUACGGGGUGCUGGUUCGCCCGGACCGCCUGUCCUGUUGCGACCGGACCAGUCGACAAACGGGGGAUUUUGCCGCUCCUGCUCACGUCCCUGUCCUGCGAGGAGAAGCCAUUGUUGCACGAAGAGUGGAGAACCGCAAGUCAUGGAGCAGUUGAGACACAAGAAUUCUGAGCUUGAUCCAAGAGAUGAACUCCAUUCAGCCUUCCUUCUUCCUCCUCCUCCUCCUUCUCUGAGCUAUGCAACAGGCUAACACAUCAGAACUGACUUACUGCCAAGCUUCCUUUUGUUAGGAAAAUACACUCACAACAUCCAUUCACAGUCAAUGGAUGGAUACUAGAUUAAGGACAGUAAAGAGACUGGUGAGAAUGAAUGGUAGUUAGUUGAUGAAAGUAUAUUGAUGUCCAUGGAAGGACUGGUAAUCACGUGGGAAGAUGACCUUAGAUUAAUGGUGGUCAGUGGGACGACUGCUGAGUGAAUGAAGCAGGCGCUGUCAUGUUUGGAGAGUUGGCGCUGUCUGGUAGAGUAAAUAAUACACCGCAGACAGACAGUAUGACACCUCUGAUUUUGGUCUGUUGACACGCAGGGAUUCAAACUUUCUCCUGCGAUGCAGACUGCCCGACACUCAUCUCUCCCUCUCUGACCCUCCGUUUCUUUUCUUAUGAAGAUAGAUUCUCCCAAAAUGUGCCUUCACCAUGGCUUGGUUUGCAUUUGUUGUGUGUAUUUAAUUUCUGUUGGCUGUGUUUGUGUUGAGGAAAAUGCCUUGUGCUAAGUGUGAAGUGAUCUCAGGGACUGUAGAGGGGAAAUGGUAAGGAUGGGUGUGUUUGUGUUUGUGUGUGUGUGUAUUUGUAAAUGUUGUACAGUAUUGACGUGUAUGCACAAGUUCAUGUUGUCACAGUCGUGUUGGUGUUAAAGAUGAGAUGUGUAGAGCAGGAAAACGUAUGUCCUCGCUGGACAAAGCCACUAUGGGAGCAAGUUGGUUUGUACUGAGAGGCUUUAAAAGUUGAUUUUGCACUGGAGAAGAAGCUUCUGUAUGUGACUAACGUGUCUGUGGUCAUGAGAUGAUGAAACACAGAGGAAGGCGACGUGUUGACACAUGGUGGCUGUUGUCGUAUGUGGUUGUCUCCUGACACCGGGGGCGCUGUCUAUAAAGUUAUAGUCCGCUGAUGUGUUGGUGGAAAUAGGCAGGUGUGUGUUGAGUAAAAGAAAGUGAGGCAGACACACAGAAUUUGUUGGGAAUUGAAAAGUGGAUUUGCAUCUAUGCAUUUAAUGUGGGUUUAGUUUUUAACUUUUAUUUCAUUACGACUCGCACAACUGGGAGAAUGAGCUGAGGAGUACAUUCUGGGAAAGUAUUUAAUACAAAAGCAGUUUGGACUGGUUACACUUUUCUUGCUUGUGCUGGACAACAUGAGGACGAUCAUGAGACAGACUUUGGGAUUAUUAUUAUUUUAUUUUUAAUCACGACUUGACCAUUUUCAUAAUGAACUUUGGAAAAGCGGUGGCAAUUCACCACAGCACACCUCAUUUCUUAAGAAUGUAGACGCAGCAGCCUGUGUGCUUAUAAAAUCUUUCCAUUAGUUAAAGGGCCACUGCAGCAUUUGGGCACCUCUGUAAACAGUGCUGUGCAGUGUCUUGUGUGGCUCUAGAAACGCUUUGUCACGUCUGAGAAAGUAACCGUUAGGUUACUGCAUGAAGACGGCAGGCAAUAAAAGACGUGGACGGUUGGGAUCUAAAGGGACAAGAGCUCGACUCAGCAGUAACUAUAAAUUAGGAUAUCUCGGCCUAUGCUGCUUUGUUUCUUGAUUCGUUAAUCUGUCUCUCACAACUUUCCUAGUUUUAUGGAGCCACUCGUGAGCAGGAGCAUGCGCUGGUGAGCUGAUCAGUGGUAGAACAUCAUUAUUAUUAUUUUAACAUUAUUUGGGAUAUUUUAACAGCAGCCAGGCAAGGUUCAUAUACUCAUCACAACAAACCUGAUUGUGUUUGCUGACAGAAUCUGGUGUUUGUCGUGGGUUGACUGUUUCUAUGGUAACCUUGAUUAUAGUGGACAAAAGUGUCUCACGAUUUUUGCUGUUUAAGAUGAUUCAUAUGAAUACAUUAUGGGGAAUAAGUGUGCAUGUAAAAGCACAGAGCAUGUCCAGACUUUAUCAUUUUAUUCAACGUAUCUUUUUGUUUUGUUCCUCUUGUUUCUUGAUUCGGGAAGCGUGACUUUACUAUUUAUAUUUAAAGUGGUUGUACACAUGCCUUUAUCGCAUAAACAUUGAUAAAGCCUUUUUAUUUGAAUGAAUAUUGCACAAAUGAUUUUAUGAAAAUUGCUGCUAUUAGCAUUUGUGAAUUUUAACCUGUAAACGGAUCGGUUGAUUUAUCUGAACUGUAUUCUAGAUUGGAGUCACUAGUUUGUUGUCUUUAUCCCAGACGGAGAAACUAAUGACAGCGCUUUUGGUUUAGUGACCAAUAUAUUUAUAAUGAAGUGGUAGAUUUUUGAAAAUGAGGCACUUUGUUUCUGUGAGCCUUGAGUGUGGAGCAUUUUCUGCAUAGAUUUUUUUUGUUUUUUUUUUUAAAGAGGAAGGAGGAAACUGUAAAGUUGGAAGUAUGAGACGAGAAGACGGCAUGAUACAAUAUCCUACUGAUUGUUUGUGUUUGCAUGACCAGUUCUCUGAUUGGUUGGGUUACUGUUGGUGGCUGUCUGGUCUGUUAUUGGUGGGCAGGUUGUCAAGUGGUAUGUAGGUCACAUUCUUAGGCUCCAUUCAGACCUGGUGUUAACAUCCGUCCUGUGUAAUCAGAUUACAUGUGCAGAUCAUGGUCUGAAUCAGUCCUGAAUGCCUAGGAUUGUUAUGUCAGGUUCGAUCACAAAUUUGAUCACAUUUGUGAGAAUGCCUGAAUACAAUUCAUCCAUAGGACAGAUUACUGACCACCUUCUUAGCUAAAACGGCAGUGUAACAGUCUUUUUUACUCCUAAUCACUGCUGAUCAACACAUCAUGUCUUUUGAUAAUGGAUAAAACAACAUUUUUAUUUCUCCCCGUCAACUGCACAGAGACGACAGGUUUGCACAGCUGUCCUUUUAAGGACACAGCAUUGAUCUCCAUUCCUUCAGACAGGCUA